UACUCAUCCUGAGAAAUGACCGGGAAGGCAGAACAGAACGUUGUCAUUGUUGGCGGUGGAUUCGCUGGGUUCCAAGUUGCUAAACAGUUCAGCAAAAAAUUGGACGCGAAAAGGUACAACCUCAUUCUUAUUAACCCCCGCUCUUACGCCAUUUCCCUCCUGCAACCACUUUACGCGAAUGGCAAUGGAGAGACAAAAGUCGGUGUUGUGACCAGCAUUGAGGCACGGCCAGGCAUCCCUGGGGGUGCUGUGGUCCUUGCCACCGGGGGAACGUAUAUCAUAUGCAAGAACGAGGACGAUGUCCUGCCAUUUGUCCACGCAUGGCGCCAAAAGUUCGCCAAAGCAAACCACGUUGUGAUCGUUGGUGGAGGUGCCGUUGGUAUCGAGUUGGCUGGUGAAGUGAAGGAUCUUUACCCGGUGGUAAUGAUGCUUAUCAACGCUACCUACGGCAGCUCGCUCCGAAAGGGAUUGGAGAAACGCCUCCAUGCUCGCGGUGUGCAGUUCAUGUUCAAUGAAUACAUCGAUAACAUUCCAGAAGCGGGUGUUGUUGGUAUCAGUACGCAGCAGUGGAAAGCACAUUUCGGACGCCGACUUAGUGGUACGUAUCUGCUCGUGGCGGCCGCCCCAACACCUGAUUACGUGACUUCCCUUGGUGAAGACGCUCUGAACGGACAUGGCUUCGUUAAGAUUAAGCCAACCAUGCAGUUGCUCAAUCACCCGUCCAUCUUCGCUUUAGGCGAUAUCAUCGACUGGACCGAGCAGAAGCAGAACGCUAAACUCAUGUGGCAUAUUCCCGUUGUCGUGACGAACGUAGUGGGCUUCUUGAACGGAAUCACCCCGACGAAGAAAUAUACCGGUGCUCCUGAGAUGAUUCUGAUCUCGAAUGGAAGGCAAGGUGGCAUGGGCUACGUCGGGCUCUUUGGAGGGUUUACCCUAGGUGAUUGGUUUGCUUGGCUGGUCAAGUCAAGAGAUUUCCUGGCUUCACGCUUCAGGAAGGAUCUCGGUUACUGAUUGUGUUAGGAAGGCUUCGUUGGACGUUGGAUAGCUGCAUACCUUCUACCUAGCUUUGACCGGCAUAUCGUACUUCGCUUAAGUUUUUUUAUAAUUGCAUUCUAGUCAUUACGAGCGA